AUGUCAACACUACAACUUGAGGAUGGUGACAACACGGAAUUCUUCACUCAUGCGAAGUCAGUCUUCAACCGUCGAUUCUACUCAAUCAAUACAAAAUAUCACACUCUCGCCCUAUUCCUCCACCCGAUGUGUCAUAAACUUGCUGUUACUCAGGCAGCAAGUGGCCGUCCAUUCGAAUUCAUGGUCAAAGUGGCAUUGGAAAUUGCCCUGCAGUGGAAGUGGAGUAAAGCAAAGGCCGACACGCUAGUUGCAGACCUUAAAGCUUAUAAUCUCUGCCACGCACCAUUUGCUGGUGGCCAGGCGGACGGACUAGCUUGGUGGGAGAAUCUCCCAGUCAACUCUGACACACACCCACUAAAGGGUUUCGCGAUUAUCAUUCUGUCCAUCGUCCCACAUGCAGCCGAGGUUGAACGGCUUUUUUCAGACCUUGGUGGCACACAGUCUCCAAAGUGCUGCAAUCUUUCUGUCGGCACAUUCAAAACACUUGGCAAAGUUCGCGCCAACCUUCAUUAUCAUAUCCACCUUAAAAAUGUUGCUGAUGGCAAGCCAACACAACGUUGUCACGCUCAUAUGCACACAAGCGAACUUCCAGGCAUUGAUACAGACAUUGCCAAGCAGCUUGAAACCAACUUCGCAUUUGUCCCUCCACUUUCAGCAGUCUCCGGUGAUAAUCUCGAAGGUCCUGAAUCGAUCUCACUCAAUGACAUUGAUGCUGAGUUUUCUCGUCUUGAAGAUAUUCGUAACACGGAGAAAACGAUGGAGUUUGCCUCAAACUGGGAUGUGGAUGGGAAGGAAGUGUUGGAAGGGAGAGCAUUCGACUUUGCGGAACUGCGGCGCGUCGACGAGGGAUUGGUGCCUACCACAAUAGAGGAUGAGAUUAUGGUCGCAGAUCAUGAUGCGAAUGAAGUUGGGACUUGGAAUAUUGAUUCUAUGUUGCUGUCAAGCGGUCUUACAUCCAUGUAG